CCCGCAGCUCUGCUCUUCCAGCCAAGCCACCGCAAAGAGCGCAGCAAAGCUGGCCACCCUCUGACAGCUCAGCUCCUCCCAAGCUCCCACUCCUAUAUCUCUUCUCCCAUCCCCCCCAAACCCUAAUCCCCAGCCCAACACCUCUCUCUCUCUCUCUCUCUCUCUCUCUCUCGGACGCAGGCUCGAAAGAGUUUCCAGAGCGUUCCUGAGAGAUGGCAGAGGAGCCGCAGCAACAGGCCGCCGCUGCGCCCGCCGCGGCCGAGGUGGUCGUGACCGAGGCGGCGCCGGCGGAGGCGGAGAAGAAGGCGGAGGUGCCUGCGGCGGCGGAAGCGGAGCCCGAGGCCGAGGCGGAGAAGAAGGCCGAUGAGGCGGCGGUCACCGCCGACGAUGCGGGGGCCGGCUCGUUCAAGGAGGAGAGCAACCUUGUCGAAGACCUGCCCGACCCGGAGAAGAAGGCGCUCGACGAGUUCAAGCAGCUGAUCGCCGCCGCCCUCGCCGCCGGUGAGUUCAACCUGCCACCCCCGCCGCCGCCGCCGCCAAAGGCCAAGGAGGAGCCCAAGGCCGAGGAGACCAAGACGGAGGAACCUAAGGUUGAGGAGCCGGCCAAGGAAGAGCCCAAGACCGAGGAGCCCGCCAAGGCCGAGGAGGCGGCGGAGGAGACCAAGACCGAGGCCGCUGCGGAAGCCCCGGCGGAGGAGACCAAGGCCGAGGCGCCGGCCGAGGAGACCAAGGCCGAGGCUGUUGCCGAGGAGGCCAAGCCGGAGCCGGAGGAGAAGACCGUCGUGGUCGCCGAGGAGGAGAGUGCCACCAAGACGGUGGAGGCAAUCCAGGAAACCGUCGUGCCCACCGCCGCCACCUCGGAGGAGGCCGCGGCAACGGAGGCGGAGGCGGAGACGCAGGAGGCCGCGCCUGAGCCCGUGUUGAUCUGGGGUGUGCCGCUGGUGGGCGACGACGAGCGCACGGACACGGUGCUCCUCAAGUUCCUGCGCGCGCGGGAGUUCAAGGUGAAGGAGGCCAUGGCGAUGCUCAAGUCCGCGGUGCUGUGGCGCAAGCGCUUCGGCAUCACCUCGCUCCUCGACGCCGACCUCGGCCUGCCGGAGCUGGAGAACGUGGUGUUCUACCGCGGCGCCGACCGCGAGGGCCACCCCGUGUGCUACAACGUCUACGGCGAGUUCCAGGACAAGGAACUCUACGAGAAGGCCUUUGGCGACGAGGAGAAGCGCGAGCGCUUCCUCAAGUGGCGCAUCCAGCUGUUGGAGCGCGGCAUCCUGUCGAAGCUGGACUUCUCGCCCAGCGGCAUCUGCUCCAUGGUGCAGGUCACCGACCUCAAGAACUCGCCGCCCAUGCUCGGCAAGCACCGCGCCGUCACCCGCCAGGCCGUCGCGCUGCUCCAGGACAACUACCCCGAGUUCAUUGCCAAGAAGGUGUUCAUCAAUGUGCCAUGGUGGUAUCUUGCUGCCAACAAGAUGAUGAGCCCGUUCCUCACACAGCGCACCAAGAGCAAGUUUGUCUUUGCUAGCCCGGCCAAGUCAGCAGAGACUCUCUUCAGAUACAUCGCACCUGAGCAAGUUCCAGUCCAAUUUGGAGGUCUCUUCAAGGAGGAUGAUCCUGAAUUCACCACCUCCGACGCGGUCACCGAGCUCACCAUCAAACCCUCAUCUAAAGAAACCGUUGAGAUCCCUGUCACCGAGAACUCCACAAUUGUAUGGGAACUCCGGGUGCUCGGUUGGGAGGUGAGCUAUGGGGCAGAGUUCACCCCCGACGCCGAGGGUGGGUACACUGUCAUUGUUCAGAAAACAAGGAAGGUGCCUGCCAAUGAGGAACCGAUCAUGAAGGGAAGCUUCAAGGUUGGCGAGCCUGGCAAGCUUGUGCUAACUAUCAACAACCCUGCAUCCAAGAAGAAGAAGCUCCUUUACAGAUCGAAGGUGAAGAGCGCCAGUGAAUGAGUGCGAGGCCGCCUGGGUCCUACAGUUACAUGAUCAACAGUUCACCUGAGCAUGAUAGAAGAGAGAAGAAACCUUUUGGUUUGGUUCAUUAAUUUAUUGGGUUUGCUGGUUUUUGGUUCACAUUCUAUAUUUUGUUUGGUUAUCAACCAAAGUGAGCUUGUUUUUGUGAUAGUAGCUGGGAAGAAGUAUAAUGACAUUGUGAUGGAUGGUUGUUGAGGAGGGGAGGGCAGGGGAGAAAAAACUAUGGGAAGGACUGGGGAAUGUCUGCUCCUCUGUAGAUGUGUCUGUACAUUGCAUCUCUGGAUUCUCAUUGAUAUGUUAAAUUUAGGAGUACUUGUCUCAUCAUAAUUCAAUCCAUGUUACUCCGCA